CAUAAAACACAAUUCUCUAUUUCUGUCUUUUUCUCUUUACCUUCCAUCUUCCUUCCCAUUUCAGCUUCUUCUUCUCACAGCCAUUUACUAGAUUCCUCUCAAUUACCCAUUUCCUUUAUUUCCCCCCUCAUUGGAUUGUACAAAGUCCCAGCUCAAAUACCCAUCUCUAAAUAUUUUACAUUCUUCUUGAUUUUUUGGGGCUUUUUUGUUGCUUUUUCCCUUAAUUAUGUUCUAUGGGCUGAUAAAAAAGAUAACAAAACUCUAGCUUUUGCUUUGUUCUGCAAACUAAACUAGCUUUCUGGGUUUUUUGUUGUUGUUGUUGCAGAGAAGCCUUUAAUAAUCAGUUGAAUAUGUCAUAUAGAGCCUGAAGAAACCAAUCAAAUAAAAAAGUUUUCAGUUUUUAGUCAAAGUUUUUGUCAAUACUAGUUUCUUCUUCUUUUUCUCUUGUUUGUAAAUUGUAUUCUUUAAUUUAUUUUUCUUCCCUUUAGCCAAAGAGAAAGAUAUGGGCAAGCAAGGACCUUGCUAUCACUGUGGAGUUACAAGCACUCCUUUAUGGCGCAAUGGACCUCCUGAGAAGCCAGUAUUGUGCAAUGCAUGUGGAUCGCGGUGGAGGACUAAAGGGACCCUUGCAAACUAUACCCCACUUCAUUCUCGGGUUGAACCUGAUGAUUAUGAAGAUCAUAGGAGUUCCAGAAUGAAGAGUAUAUCUAUAAAUAAGAAAAAUGAAAUCAAACUGCUGAAAAGAAAACCACAUCAUGAAACAGCAGUUGUCGCCCCUGAUUACAACCAGAGUUUCCGUAGGUUUGUGGAGGAAGAUACUAGUAAUAGAUCGAGUUCUGGAUCAGCGAUAUCUAAUUCUGAAAGCUAUGCCCAGUUUGGCAGUGCAGAUGCAAGUGACUUGACAGGGCCUGCUCAAUCUAACAUGUGGAAAUCAAUGGUGCCUUCUAAGGAAAGGACCUUCGUAAAGCGUCCUAAGCAAUCUUCAGUUGAGAAACUAACCAAAGAUUUAUAUACUAUUUUACAUGAACAACAGUCUUCAUGUUUCUCUGGAUCAUCUGAGGAGGAUUUACUUUUCGAGAGUGAAACACCCAUGGUAUCUGUUGAGAUUGGACACGGAAGCGUUCUAAUUAGACAUCCUAGCUCAAUAGCUCGAGAUGAGGAAUCUGAAGCUAGCUCACUUUCAGUUGAAAACAAACGAUAUUCAGUGAACGAGGUUUAUUCACAUUCUUCAAGUUUCUCUGGAUACAAUGAUAGCAAGGCCGUGAAAUUUUCAAGACAUGCAAUCGAAAAGGCUAAGAAUCCAGCUGGACCUGGAAUGCAGCAUGAGCAAUUUAAGAGCAGGGACAAGGCUCAACAUGAAAAAUCACUAAUGCUGGAAAGUCAUAAGUCACCACUAUGCAACAUAGAUUUAAAUGAUGUCAUCAACUUCGAGGAGUUUGUGAAACAUUUAACUAAUGAAGAGCAGCAGCUAUUGUUGCAGUAUCUACCUCCACUUGACGUUGCCAAACUCCACAAUAGCCUCGAAAGCAUGUUUGAAAGCCUUCAAUUCAAGGAUAACCUCUGUUACUUCCAGCUACUGCUUGAGGAAGGCGUUUUUAAUAUCUCUGUCCCGGGGGUGAAAGCUGAAGAUUGUAAGACUUUGAAAAGACUUGCAUUAUUUAAUUUGACGAAAUCACAAUGGGUGGAACGUCGUCAUGCACUUAAGCUGCCGAGAUGUAAAAGUAGUAUUAAAGGGCCUGUGGUUGCUAGAGGACCACCUUCCAUUACAUCGAACAAUUCGGUGAUUAUGAAGAGAUCACGUGACUGCCAAAGUCAAAAUUUUCCAGAAGCAUGUUCCUUAAAGUGCCCUAAAAUGGUGUUCAUGAAGACUACCUAUGAAAAAAAAGAAGUCAUAGAUGACGAUGGUUCUUGCUUUAGUCCAAGAAGCCUCUUCGCUUUGCCUUCUGAUGGUGAUGGCUCUCUUGUGAUGGAUUCUCUCCAUUUUGUCGAUGAAAGUUCCGACCAAGACUUGCUUCUGGACGUGCCACCCAACGGUUCAUUCCCACAGGCGGAACUGCUUCAUCCUACCUUAAAUUUCGGGCAACAGGCAAGCACUGGUAGUAGCUCAGCACGCUCACAGCUUGUCAAUCCAAAUUAAAGGUUGUUAAUUACUAGAACUAUAAAGGCCUUCUUCUCAUGCAAGAGAUCUACAUAUUUUGCGUGUCAAACACCGAAUUCUGUGAUUUAGGUUUUGAAGGUGCUCUUUUUCGGCCUUUCCGUAACUUCAAAUGUUCGGGUGGGUUUCUUUUUUCGUAUAGGUCGACAACAUAAUGUAAUAUAUAGCUAAAGAAUGCAGAAGAGAUGGUAAUCUCUGGAGUUUUCAGAUAUAGACAUUUUAUAUACCCACUGAUCACUUUAGAAUGUGAAUUAUCCAUGAAGUCAAGGACAGAUUUUAAUGUAUAUGUAGGGAUGUUUAAGUGGUAGGCAGGGAAGAUUUUGCUUUGGGAAUCCGGCUACAAAAGUGGGUACCUAUCCUUUGGUAUGACUUUUGAGCUAAUGAAAAUGAACAAUGGAGUGCACUAGUCAAAUGCUUUGAUGUAAAUGCAUAUACUUUAGCACCCAAAAGUAAGCGUCCCUUAAUUGAUGGGGGAAAAAAAGGGUGAAAACAUGUUUUUCACCUGUUUCCUUGGUGUCAAAUAUUAAUCACAAACUGGAUGAA